AUGGAGCUUGAAUGGGUGCUGAGCAUCUCAUUGGGCAUUUGCCUGGUCCUCGUCUCUGCAUGGAAAUGGAAACACAAGGAGGCGAGGUUUCCACCUGGGCCAAUGCCCCUGCCCUUCCUUGGCAACCUACUUCAGCUGAACCCCAAGGAUCUUCCCAAGUCCCUCCUGGCGCUGAGUCAAAAAUAUGGUCCAGUAUACACUUUGUACCUGGGCCCCCGACGGGUUGUGGUUCUUUGUGGGCAUGAAGCACUGAAGGAAGCUCUGGUGGACCAUGGUGAACAGUUCUGUGGAAGGGGAAAGAUAGCUCCUGUUGAACGGACCUUCAAAGGUUCGGGAAUUGUUAUGGCCAAUGGAGAGCGCUGGAAGAAGCUCCGUCACUUCACUCUCGUCACGUUGAAGAAUUUUGGGAUGGGGAAAUGCUCCAUUGAAGAGCGAAUCCAGGAAGAAGCGCAGUAUCUGCUAGAGAAAUUUAGAAAAACCAAAGGUCUGCCAUUUGACCCCACCUACCUUCUAAGCUGCACAACUUCCAACAUUAUUUGCUCCAUUGUCUUUGGCAGACGUUUUGAGUAUGAAGACAAAACUUUUCUCUCCAUGUUGGAUCUGACAAACAAAUUAUUUUUUGAGUUGAGCACUCCUUGGGCAAAGCUGUAUGAUAUGUAUUCUGGCAUCAUGCAGUACUUACCUGGGGGAGACAGUCGUAUCUACAACCCCCUACAGGAGCUGAAAGCCUUGAUUGAUGAAAGAAUCAAAAUCAACCAGGAGACCUUAGAUCUCAAAAACCCAAGAGACUUUAUUGAUUGCUUCCUCAUUGAAAUGGAGAAGGAAAAAGGAAACCCUUCCCCUGAAUUCACAGUGAACAGCUUGACCCUCACAGCUCUCAACUUAUUCACAGCUGGGACAGACACUGUCAGCUCCACCCUGAAAUAUGCACUUCUCUUGAUGAUGAAAUACCCAGAAAUGGAAGAGAAAGUGCACCAAGAAAUUGACAAUGUUAUUGGUUGCAAUCGUGUCCCUGCUGUCAAGGACAGGGUGAACAUGCCCUACACAAAUGCUGUCAUCCAUGAGAUCCAAAGGCUGGUAGAUAUCCUCCCUGCAGGACUGCCUCAUAAGGUGACUGAAGACACUCAGUUCUGUGGCUACCUUCUUCCCAAGGAUACUAACAUCAUUACCUUACUAGGCUCAGCUUUGCAUGACCCCAAAUAUUUCAGUGACCCUGAGACAUUCAACCCUGAGCACUUUCUGGAUGAAGAAGGAAGUUUUAAGAAGAAUGAUGCUUUUGUGCCAUUCUCCUCAGGGAAACGUGUGUGCGUAGGAGAAUCUAUGGCCCGGAUGGAGCUCUUCUUGUAUUUCACCACCAUCCUGCAAAGCUUCACAUUGAAAUCCUCUCUUGCACCCACAGAUAUUGACAUUACUCCUCAACAAAAUGGCUUUUUAAACGUUCCUCCCAUCUAUGAGCUGUGUUUGAUCCCUCGCUAA